UAUAAUGAUGAUAUAUAGUAUAAUAGCCUUUCUUGAUCUCUAUUUUACUUGUUAUCGGAUAAGUAAGAGCCAUGGUUGGCUGUUUCUUGCUUCUUUUGUUGUUGAUAAUCCCUCUAGUUCACCCACUGUCCUUCAAUUUUGAUCAGUUCACCCCCUCCAAUGUUCAGAACAUUACGUUUGAGAGAACUUCCGUGGUGAACAACUCAAUCCAGAUAACCCCGAAUCAGCGGAACAGCAUUGGCAGGGCCACAUAUGCCGAGCCGCUGCACCUCUGGGACAAACCCACCGGAAAACUCGCGUCGUUCAACACCCAUUUCGCCUUCGUCAUUGAUUCCAAUGGCAGCGCAAAGUACGGCGACGGUUUCGCGUUCUUCCUGGCGCCGGUUGGGUCCCGGAUUCCUCGUAAUGCCACGAAAGGCGGCGGGUUUGGCCUGGCGAAUGAUGAUGAGCGCUUGAACUCCAGCAAUAAGUUUGUGGCUGUGGAGUUUGAUGUUUAUUUGAAUCAUUAUGAUACUGAGCAGAAACAUGUGGGGAUUGAUGUGGAUUCUCUGCAGUCUGUUGUUACUGCCACGUGGUCUCCGGAUAUUGAGAGAGGGAGGAUAGGGGAGGCUUGGAUUAACUAUGAUCCGAGGUCGAUGAAUCUGAGUGUUGUGUUCAGGAAUCUAGGUUCAUAUAGUCAUGUUUCCUACAUUCUUGAUCUGAGAAAGUACUUGCCAGAAAAGGUCACUUUUGGGUUUUCUGGUGCAACAGGAAGGGAUACAGCAUUGCAGAUGAUCAAUUCAUGGAUUUUCACUUCAGCUCUUGACAUCAGUGAAAAUCAGGGAGCCAGAAAAUCAACAGGGAAGGGACUUGUGAUUGGCCUGGUUGUGGGAGGGUGUUUUGUGAUUGGAGGUUCCAUGGCGUUUUCAUUUUUGGCAUGGAGAAAGAGGAAGAUGAGGGAGGAAUUUGAUGAUGAUAUCUUUGGUAACAUUGGGGAACUUGGAGGGGGAGCCGGGCCGAAAAGGUUUACAUACAGAGAGCUGGCUAGAGCCACAAAUAACUUCUCGCGGCAAGAUAAGCUUGGAGAGGGAGGGUUCGGGAGUGUUUAUAAGGGCUACUUGAAGGAACUCGAUUCGUAUGUUGCUGUGAAGAGGGUGUCAAGGGGAUCCAAGCAAGGGAUCAAGGAAUAUGCAUCAGAAGUGAGGGUUAUCAGCCGGAUAAGGCACAAAAAUCUCGUGCACCUAAUCGGUUGGUGCCAUGAGAACAAAGAUCUUCUACUUGUGUAUGAGUUCUUGUCCAAUGGCAGCUUAGACUCCCAUCUUUACAAAGGGAAAAGUCUAUUGACAUGGCAACUAAGGUACAAGAUUGUUCAAGAUUUAGCAUCUGCGUUACUCUAUCUGCACGAAGAAUGCGAAAAAUGUAUCGUCCAUAGGGACAUAAAGUCCAGCAAUAUCAUGCUGGAUUCAAACUUAAAUGCUAAACUUGGAGACUUUGGAUUAGCUAGGCUGGUUGAUCACGAAAAGGGAUCACGCACAACUGCACUGGCAGGAACCAUGGGCUACAUAGCAAUCGAAUGCGUCACCUCAGGGAAGGCUAGCAAGGAAACAGACAUGUACAGCUUCGGAAUUGUGACAUUAGAGAUAGCCAGUGGGAGAAAACCAAUUGAUCCUACAGCUGAAGAAUGCCAUGUGAACAUUGUUGACUGGGUGUGGAAACUCUAUGGAACUGGACAGCUUCUCGACGCUGCUGAUCCAAAUCUUUCGGGCGAUUUCAAUGGAAGAGAAGUGGAACAGAUGAUGAUUGUCGGGCUAUGGUGUGCUCAUCCGGAUUGCAAUCUCAGGCCAAGUAUUAGGCAAGCCAUCCAAGUGCUCAACUUUGAAGCUCCUCUGCCUGAUCUCCCAGAAACCAUGCCGGUAGCCACAUUUUGGCCUCAACGAAAUGUUCAAUAUUCUUCAUCUUCAUCACACUAUAGCUCUGAUGUUUCUCAGACUAGCCAAACAAAAUCCUUAGUGUCCAGUAGCAACACAGAUUGCUCAUGUUCUUCUGCUGUAUAAUUAAUCUGAAAUUGUGUAUUUCUUUUCUUCAGUUUGACUGCAAACUUCUUCUAGUUACAUGGCA